AUGGUGAUCUGUGUUUAUAUUGCAUCUUCUUCUGGUUCUACGGCGAUUAAGAAGAAACAGCAAGAUGUGCUUGGUUUCUUGGAAGCCAACAAAAAAGGAUUUGAAGAAAAACAUAUUGCAGCCAAUGAAGAGAAUCGGAAGUGGAUGAGAGAAAACGUACCUGAAAACAGUCGACCAGCCACAGGGUACCCCCUGCCACCUCAAAUUUUCAAUGAAAGCCAGUACUGUGGGGACUAUGAUGAUUUCUUUGAAGCCAGAGAAAAUACUGCAGUGUAUGCCUUUUUAGGCUUAACAGCACCUCCUGGUUAAAAGGAAGCAGAAGCCCAGGCAAAGCAGCAAGCAUGAACCUUAAACAUUCU